AUGGACACAGCAAGGAUCUACCUCUGUUUAAAGCCAUCCAGGAUACCGGGGUCCCAGCAUGAGUCACCCCCAUCUCUUACCCCAGAUGCCUGUCGGUGCCCACGUUCACACAGGUUGGCUCUGAAGCUCAGCUGUGCUGGGCUCAUCAUCCUUGUCCUGGCCCUGAUUGGGAUGAGUGUCUUAGUGCGAGUCUUAAUACAAAAACCAUCAAGAGAAAAAUGCUGUGUGUUUAAUCAAGAGAACCUGAGUAAAACAACAGACAGUCCAGCUAAGUUAGAGUGCCCCCAAGACUGGCUGUCACCCCGAGAUAAGUGCUUUCACGUUUCUCAAGUUUCCAGCACUUGGAAGGAAGGUCUAGCUGACUGUGAUGGGAAAGGAGCCACUUUGCUGCUCAUUCAAGACCAAGAACAACUGAGAUUCCUACAGGACUCAAUAAAGGAAAAACACUAUUCAUUUUGGAUUGGACUAAGAUUAAAAAUCUCUGGUGACACUGAAAAUGGCAACUGUGCCGCCAUCAUACCAUACAAAGCGAUUUCCGAGAGCUGUGCUUCAGACAACCACUGGAUCUGCCAAAAGGAACUAAACUGUGAAACCAUGUGA